GGCAGAGGCUGCCGGGAUCCCGGCGCCCGGUUCUCGCUCCCCUUGGCGGUGCAGCUCAGUGCGGCCGGCCUCACCUCCGCGGGACAUGCCGGCGCUGCUCUCGCCGCGGGCCCGGGACUGCUAGCUUCUACCGCGCUUCCUGCGCGCUCGGCCCCUCACCUGGUGGUGGCCCCGGAGCCCGGCUUGGGCUGUGCCCUCAGCGAGCGGGCGAUCGGGCGGCUGGCUGUGCGCGCGGACCGCCGCCGUCAUGGGGCUGCAGCCUUUGGAGUUCAGCGACUGCUACCUCGACAGCCCGUGGUUCCGGGAGAGGAUCCGCGCCCACGAAGCAGAGCUGGAGAGGACCAACAAGUUCAUCAAAGAGCUCAUCAAGGACGGGAAGAACCUCAUCGCGGCGACCAAAAAUCUUUCGGCAGCCCAGCGGAAGUUUGCUCAUUCACUCAGAGACUUCAAAUUUGAGUUUAUCGGUGAUGCAGAGACUGACGAUGAACGCUGCAUAGAUGCUUCCUUACGGGAAUUUUCAAACUUUUUGAAGAAUCUGGAAGAACAAAGAGAAAUUAUGGCAUUAAGUGUAACCGAGACCCUGAUUAAACCCUUGGAAAAAUUCAGGAAAGAGCAACUUGGAGCCGUAAAGGAAGAAAAAAAGAAGUUUGACAAAGAGACGGAAAAGAACUAUAGCCUAAUUGAUAAACAUUUGAAUUUAUCAGCGAAAAAGAAAGACUCCCAUUUGCAAGAGGCAGAUAUCCAAGUGGAACAGAACCGGCAGCACUUUUACGAACUGUCUCUUGAAUAUGUGUGUAAGCUUCAGGAAAUCCAAGAGAGGAAGAAGUUUGAGUUUGUGGAACCUAUGCUGUCAUUUUUCCAGGGAAUGUUUACUUUCUAUCAUCAGGGCCAUGAACUUGCCAAAGACUUUAAUCACUACAAAAUGGAACUACAGAUCAACAUUCAGAAUACACGGAAUCGUUUUGAAGGAACAAGGUCAGAAGUCGAAGAGCUUAUGAACAAAAUUAGACAAAAUCCCAAGGACCAUAAAAGAGCAAGUCAGUUCACAGCGGAAGGCUACUUGUACAUACAGGAAAAAAGGCCUCCCCCGUUUGGUUCCAGCUGGGUCAAACACUACUGCAUGUAUCGGAAAGCGGCCAAGAAGCUUAACAUCAUCCCGUUUGAGCACAGAUCUGGGGGGAAACUUGGGGAUGGAGAAGUGUUCUUCUUGAAAGAAUGUACCAGAAGGCAUGCUGACUCCAUUGACAGAAGAUUUUGUUUCGAUGUAGAAACAGCAGACCGGCCUGGCGUUUCCUUGACCAUGCAGGCAUUUUCCGAAGAGGAGAGGAAGCAGUGGUUGGAAGCUCUGGGUGGAAAAGAAGCUCUGUUCCAUAGUUUUAAUAGAGCCAUCGUCCCAAGACCAGAAGGAAGUGCACAGUUGGAUAAGAUGGGAUUCACAAUUCUUAGAAAAUGCAUCAGUGCAGUUGAAACACGAGGUAUAAACGACCAAGGAUUGUACAGAGUUGUGGGGGUGAGUUCAAAGGUCCAGAGACUUCUGAGUAUGUUGAUGGACGUAAAAACCUGCAAUGAGGUGGACCUGGAGAAUUCCCCAGACUGGGAGGUGAAAACCAUCACAAGUGCCCUGAAGCAGUAUUUGAGGAGUCUUCCAGAGCCCCUUAUGACCUAUGAGUUACAUGGAGAUUUCAUUGUUCCAGCCAAAAGUGGCAGCCCAGAAUCUCGUGUUAACGCCAUCCAUUUCUUGGUACACAAACUGCCAGAGAAAAAUAAGGAGAUGUUGGACAUCUUGGUGAAACACUUAACUAAUGUUUCAAAUCACUCCAAGCAGAACCUCAUGACUGUGGCAAACUUAGGAGUGGUGUUUGGACCGACUCUGAUGAGGCCACAGGAAGAAACUGUCGCUGCCAUCAUGGAUUUGAAGUUUCAGAAUAUUGUCGUGGAAAUUUUAAUUGAAAACCAUGAAAAGAUUUUUAGGACCCUGCCUGAUGCGACCUUGCCUGAGCCAGUCUCCCUGUCAACAUCACCCCCAAAUGCUCCACCAAGGCAAUCGAAGAGGCAGGGCCAGAGGACAAAGAGACCCGUGGCUGUGUAUAACCUUUGCCUUGAACUGGAAGAUGGUGACAGUGCCAGGCUUCCUAAGGAGGACACCCCUCCCAGCAGCCUGGACUCACUUUCCUCCCCAUCUUCCAUGGCUGCCGCUGCGCACGGGCCCCCUGGACCAGACAGAAACCACCUUCUCGCAGAUGGGGGCGGCUUUGAGGACUGGCCAUCCACUGUCCCAAGCCAGGCCCGGCCAUCCACGGUCCAGUGGCUUAACCCUCAGUCUCCAACCACGCCGAGCUGCAACCCAGCUCUGACACCGCCUUCACCCAAGCUGUCGCCUUUCCCACUCUCUCUUCCUGCCACCAUAGUGGACAAGCCACCAGAAAGCGUCAUCAACCGGAAGGCGCGCGCGGUGUACCCCUGUGAAGCAGAACACAGCUCGGAGUUAUCUUUCGAAAUAGGAGCAAUCUUUGAGGAUGUGCAAACCUCGAGGGAACCUGGCUGGCUCGAAGGCACUUUGAAUGGCAAGAGGGGUCUGAUUCCACAGAAUUACGUCAAGUUGCUGUAGCGCCGGCCCCUGGCGGCCCCACGCAGACCCUGGCCGUCAGGACCUGCCUGGGGUCCGGGAGCACUGUCUUCCUGGGGCAGAACCCACAGCCGCCUGCCAGGACAGACCAGGAGGACGGACAGAUCACCGAUUGGCACUCCAGGAGGGGGAGGGGGACUUACUGCUAGAGGUGGGGGGAGGGGGGCGCACGGCUCGGACCUGCGUAGGGUGGUGCUGCGGGAGGAGGGCAUCUGGAUGGACAGAAGAGACCUUUCACCUGUCAGGCCUUGGGACUUGGAACUUUUAAUUAUCUGGUUUACAGAGCAAGAAGGAGGGCAGUCCUGCCUCCCUGAUCAGAAAGGCAAUUGUGCUUUUCAGAUGCGUCCUUGGCUCUGGAGGGGCCGCUGCGGGUGGGCGCGACUGCACUGGCCUAAACCCUGAGGGCGGCAGGCAGAGGCUCCUUACCUGGGGCUGGGGGUGGGGGGGAGGGGGUGCCCUGGGGACCCCACGCUCACUGGACUCUGGGCACCAGCGGAUUCACAGCCGGCUUCUCCAUGCUGCUCACAGUGCACGGUUAGCACACACUGCCUUUCUGCCCCAAGUUCUCUGUACAUGAAAUAAAAUACGAUUUACUCUUG